AUGCUGCCUAGAAAUGAUGAGUCUGCUUUAAAUGAUAUUGAAGAACGCAUCAAUUCAAUGGAAAGACGCUUAAGGAAUGCGCAAGCAGCAAAGAACGCCUAUGUCCAAUAUUUACGGAGCAAAUAUCCAAAUUGGCGGCCAAUUCAAAGUUCACUGAAUUUUGAUAACGAAACUGUGAUUAACAAAUUGGCAACGUCGGAUUAUCACUGGGAUACAGAUGUCUCUUUACGUAAUAAUUAUUCAACAUCCUACAGUAAUCAAAUGACAAGCGGAAUACCGAAAAGUGGUCCACUUCUGGAAUCCGACAUUCGAAAUGCAAAACGCCGACUUAUCGAAAUAUCGGCGCAGCUUCGAAAUUUGCGAGACAAUCGAAUGAGUAUGAGCACCGAGAGUUUCAUGAGAUCAGUGCCAUUCUUAGCAAAUCAGAGAGAACCACUGAAACUCGCAUCGGUGGCUAGCGAUGAGCAAAUCAUGGCCGACGUGAGACAACGAUUAUCCUCCAUUCGAUAUUCUGAAUACGAGCCGCCCAAAACACCAACUGGAGAGGAUAAAUUAGAGGAAGAAUUAAGGAUAGAGCGGGAGAAGAUGAUUGAAGACAUUAGGGCUGGACGAACUGCUCCAACUCCUCCGCCUGAGCCUCAACAAGUGCGAUUCGUUGAGCCAAAUGUCGACGGAAAAAAAGAAGAAGUCAAAACAGCUCCUUUAGAGAAGAUAAUUAUACCAGAAUCUGAAAUUCGCGAACCAAAGCCUGUACAAACGCAAAUAUUACCGAUUCCGGUUGUUCCCGAACCUGCGCCAAUUCAAGGUCAAAACGCUUACACAAAAAUGAUGAGCUUGCUCAGCCAGCCAAAUGAAGAGAGCAGUGAUGAGAGUGAAACUGCUCCAGCUCCCCAACCAGCCCCUGCAGUGAAACCAAACCCACCGACACCUGGAAUGGGACUGUUGUCGCAGUAUUUGAGCAAGGUUGAUGAUAGUAGUAGUAGCGAUGAUGGUUUGACGAUAAAGAAGUCGAAGACGACCAUUUUGGACGCCAAACCGAAGCCAUCGAUGUCAACUGCGCUUGCAAAUGACAGUGAUGAUGAUUUUUUCGAUUAA